GUCCAACGCACUUAAUAAACUAUGUUAAUGACCGGUCACUUUUAUCCUCGUUGCAUACAUAAUUACAGACCACACAACCGCAUUAAUCGGGGAACAUGUGAAGUGUGAGUUUGAUACGAGAUUAUAUACUGAUACUGAUCACACUGUCAACUCAACCCACCAUCACGCGAUACUCCUAACACGCCCACCUACGCACAAGGCAGAUCGGUUCAUUUAAUGACCUUUAGAACAGCGAAGACUACUUUCUGACAGGCAGUGGUCAUAUGUUCUCUCGCAGAGCGCCAGCGCUAUCUACAGUUCCUAUGACUAUGUUUCAGGAGGACUAAAACACCAGUCUUGUCCACAAUGUCGAAGGAGGAGGAACAGGAGCCGCUCCUUGGGGAGGUGGACCCCAAGCCCAAGUCGUUCGUAAAGGCCAUGAUUCUGUGUGGGGUAAUGAUGAUUCUGUACAUGUCUGGCUUGAUCUCCCUCGUUCCGCUCCUCAGCCAGUAUAUACGGGUCAGAGUAGCUGAGAGUUACUCCAACAACACCAACGGUAGCGUCGGCGCUGAUGACGUCUGCAAAAGAAAUAACAGUGACGACAACGUAAGACUUGGAAUCAAAAUCCAAGAAGAGGCGUCAGAACUUAUGCUUUUUAUUAUGCUACCGGGUUCGAUUGUCUCAAUCUUUGUCAACCUCCUUCUGGGGUCCUACUCUGAUUUUCUGGGUAGAAGAUUCCUGUUUUUUGUACCAACUUUUGGAGCAACCCUGAAAGCAACGUUCAUGUGCUUCAUCAUUGGCUUCAAUAUGUCUCUUAAUUGGGCCUAUCUUGCGUACCUUUUGGAAGGAUGUACCGGAGGAUUUACUGCCUUUCUGUUAGCCGUGUUUGCAUACACUGCCGACGUCACAACCCCUGGAAGGAAGCGUACUUUCAUGAUAGCUCUCAUGGAGGGAAUCUUAGCUGUUGCCGGUGCAGUUGGACAGCUGGCUGUUGGUUUUAUCAUUGAGGAUGUAAGCUACCUAUUCGCUGCGAUAAUGGUUGCUGCCAUCUUUGGUAUCGCACUUCUCGUGGUCGUGACAGUGCUGCCUGAAACUAUGACCAACAAAAUGGAGAAACAGUGGUCUCCGCUGCCACACGUUAAGAAGGUUUUUGGAUUCUUCUUCACACGUGGCUCAGGCAAACAGAGAGCUAUGUAUAUACUAGCUUUGCUUAUAUUUUAUUUUGGAGUAAUUGUCAAUCUGGGUCGGACUUCAGUAGAAACUCUGUAUCAGUUAGACAGGCCGUUUUGUUGGAGCCCUUUGAAAAUCGGCUACUAUGGUGCUAUCAAACUGUCCUUCACCGUCGCAUGUAGCGUCAUUGGACUGAAGCUUCUGCAGCCUUGCUUCCGGGAUAUGACAAUUGCCUUGAUAGGACUAGCAUUCGGAGCAGCAUCCUUCGUGAUGGAGGGACUGGCCGUCAACGAUUGGAUGCUUUAUUCGGUGCCAGUGAUCGGAUUCAUAGCCUUCAAUGUUGUUCCCGUCAGCAGGGCAACGAUGUCCAAAAUGACCUCUCCACUAGAACAAGGUGCCUUAUUCUCUAGUAUUGCUGCCAUGGAAACAAUCUGCAACACCAUGUCCAACACUCUCUACAACGCCGUUUAUCAGAGUACUGUAGGAGUGUUCAGAGGGGCCGUGUUUAUAAUGAUGGCAGGGUUUGGUGUCCUCACUGCUGGUUUGAUCGUGGUCUUCCUCUGCAUCUCUCGGGACAGCGGGGACCUUGUCUACGAGGUAACAGUUCCUCCACCCAGUGAAGGCGUGACUGUGAACAAGGAGGCGACGUCAUCGGUCCCACAUACGUGUACAGACACGACAAGCAAUGGAUGAAACUGAGACACAUGCACGUGCCCAACACUCGCAAUGCACGAAGAAGUUAGUGAAGAUCUCAUAAACAUAAAACUGUUUUCUGGGUCAUAUUUCUGGAUCUGAAAUGACGUAACUCUUUCAUCAUUUUGGACAUUUGUAAAAAUGAACUACCAGUAUGGAGGCCUAUGUGCCUUGACCCAGGGUGUAUUCCCUACACACUCACACUCACGUAACGCGAUUCGAGCGCGUGGCUUCAGUGAGACAAGAGAACACUUCAACCACUAACCGACCUUACCGGUAAAGACACAAGCCAAUACUGUUGAUGUUGUAGUGUACAAAAACAACAACACAAGAAUUACAACAACAAACCCCCAACCCACCACACCCUAUCCCCACCCUUAAAAAAAAAAAGAAAAAGCCAACAAAAAACAGCUAGCAAAGCUUUCCAUUAGGCAUCGAUGGGUUUCUUUGUGUUUUGUUGUUGUUUGGUUUUGUUACCGAUGCCACGCAGCAGUAUUCCAGCUAUAUAACCGUUGGCUGUAAAUAACCGAGUUUGGGCAGCACAAUCCAGUGCAGUAAUCUAUCAUGUCGGGGUCCGAUUACUUGCAAUCAACCAAUUAUUGAGCUUGACCGCCGGACCGCUUCAGCUGUUUUUUUUAUAAUUUGAACACGAGCCCUAGCUCUCAGUAUAUAUAUAUACACACACACAAAAGACAAAAGUCUGAAGAUCCUUUGUACAGAUAUAAUUUCUUCAUUUCUUUUCUUAAAUAUAUUAGCUCUCAGUGAUCUGUGCGUGUGUGUGUGUGCACGUGUGUGUGUGUGUGUAUAUAUAUAUAUUAUACAUUUUCUCUGGGUUACGUCGCUGAGUCUCUUACCAACAGAGGCUUCCCUAAGUGGGUUCGGCCAAUGACAGUGUGUUAGCAUUGUGCUAAUCCCGAAGUUGUGGGACAGAAUCCAGGAUUGGAUUCAACCUCCAAAAUAUAUAGGAUUUUGUAUUUUACUAAAAAGGCGUAAGCCCAAAUGUAACAGUACACUUUGACUACUUUCUCAAGGGACUGUGAAGCAAUGACUUGUGAAGAAUUGUGGAGUCCAAUUUGCUUCAAGAAGAGUCGUGCUACUGUGUGGCACAGUUGUUUACUGAGCUUGCUACGGAGAAACAAUUUGUCCCGAGGUUUCACAAACCAAAAAUGAAUCGAACUCUACACAUCGGGAUGACAACACUGUACCUGUUUACCACAGCUUUGUUCUUUGUGAAUGGUUUCAGUAUUAUUACAUGGUCCUUUGAAGUAAUUUACAUACAUGUAUGCAUUAUAGUUUGGUAUUUAAUAAAAUGACACAUACGGUAUAUUUUGAUGCUGGUUUCGUGAAGUUAACUAAUAAGUUAUAUACAGUGGUAUAUAACGUGUGCUUCUGCAACAAUCUCACAACAUAAUUUUCUGCAUGUUGUUGUUUGAGUUGGCAUAUGUUAGAUGUUUUUUUGUCCCAAAUUAUCAUCAUGUAUAAUGUAUGAUAUUCACGCAUUCCGCAAUAAAGAAUAACUCCAGUU